UAAUGUCAGUUCUCUGCAACAAGCCCAAGUCCAGUUUACCGACGGGUGGGUCACUGGCUCCGGCGGAUGUGGAACAACUGGCUGUUGUUUUGAUCUGGCUCUCCGUCUAAACUGGUCAAAUCUGGUGGUGGUCAUCGCUUUCACCUCGAUAUGACCCAUGUGGAGGGACGGAGCCCAGUCCGGAUCGCAUUCCAGCAUGCUGUAGGCCGGUUUGCCUGCAUACGACACAAAUAGUAGCCCGCAAAGCUAAUGUAAACAAAGCAUUCCAGCAAAACAAAUGGGCCAGCAGAGGCCUUAUUUGUGACCCGUAUCUACAAAUUCGCUAUGAUAAAUCACUUCACUGCAAUACAUAAACUUACCUUUAUGGAAAUGUCUAAAGCAGAGCAACAUGUGACCUGGGGUGUCCUCGAACGUUAAGCUAGGUCUUCUGAUAGUAGCAAUCCACGCCAUCCGUUGCCUCUUAGCAGCUUCAGACACUUCGCUGGAACAACCUCUCUCCCACGCAGGAAUCUAAAAAAAAAAAACGUGUACCUUUGGCUAUUAGCCCUCCCUGGUGUUCAUGCGACCUAGUAUGGCAAUCAGUAGCACAACAAGCUCUGACCAUGUUUGGGGACAACUGUCCGAAAAAAAAAAUAGAAUGGAAUGAGCGCGCUCAGUGGUUUGAGGGGGGAGGGCUGUCCCUCAUAACUACAAUCCUUUGCGGUUUGAAGCCGGAAAUGACGACACGUUUUCAAUCUCAAUUGCAGAAUUUUCUUACUUUAAUGUGCAACCUGCAGACAGCUGCCAUUUAGUUCAUCGGCCACUUUUCAUGCCAACAUAAUUUCUAUCCUUUGACGAUAUUUCAAGUAGGGCUGCAACUAACUAUUAUUUUCAUAAUCGAUUAAUCUGUCGAUUAUUUUUUCUAUUAAUCAAUUAAUGGGUUUGUUAUUGUUUAGCUAUUUAACCUAUACAAUUGAUGAAUACAUUUCAGUUAAGAAAAAGAGAAACAUAAGAGAAUUGUGCAGUUGACUGCAAUCUAUUUUAUUGCACAUGAACACAGUCAGCGGUGUAAAAUGAGCUAAACAGUGCAAAAUAUCAGUCCAGAAUAAUUUUUGGCAUCAAAAUAUAAGAGGUAAAUUCCAUAAAAAAUAAUGUAGAAUCUAGAAUAGAGUUUGUAAGUGGUAUGCAUUGCUGGGGGGUGAGUGUCUUGUUCCCCAUGCAGUUGUCCAUCGUUGCUUGUUUUUUUCUGCAUAAGAAACACAAAUAGACUGAAAUAAGUACACAUAUAAAAUAAAGCAGCACACACACUACAACACUAAAUCAAUAUUACAUUAUUUGAAUUAAUUAACAAUAUACAGUGAUCAUUUAAUUUGACAAAAAUGUGUUGUGAGGCGUUUUACAGCGUUAGACAGUAAAACAGCCUUUUAAUAAUAAAAAAAAUGACUUUCUGAAAUUCUCCUGUAUUUAAAAAUUGAAAGCGUACAACUAUGCCGCGUUAUAUUCACCUGGACACAGCUCGUCUGUAUAUUUUUCUCCGCAGAGUUGUCCUUUUUUGAAUGAGGAACAUAGUUAUGGGUUUGUGCCGUUUUUCUCUUAACGAGAACAUUCUUUUAAACAGACGUGCUAAAUUUGGCAAGCGCAUGAUACACAACACGGAGAUUCACGAUUGCAUCUAGUCAAUCAGAAGUAGAACACCGUAGACUGGCGCGGCAAAAAAAAACAUGUUUAACAUCCACUAUAACGAACUCAGCUAAAACACUAAGUCCCAAAUUUGAUCUGCGUGUAGUCAUGGACCACUAUAUUUAGCUUGUUUAUUUUCUGUUACUUACCGGAUUCACCGGACUUUCCUCUGCUGCAUCAGCCCCCACAUGUUUUCGUCUCAAAUGUUCACUUAGGGACGUCGUGCUUCCGUGCCAUGCUAGAUGGUUUUUUACAUAUUUUGCAGGUCACCCGUCUUUUCAUGACAUCUAGAGUGAAGUGCUCCCAUACUCGUGAGGUUUUUGUCCGGGGUUUCUCUUCAGUUUUGUCGCUUCUAUUUUUCUUCCGUAUUUCUUCUUGUUCCGCCAUCUCUCACAGCAAGAUGAGCGUCAGUAACGUGUUACGUCGUGAAAACCGAGGGCACUUAUUGGCUCAUUUCUUCUUCUACGGCUCCACUGGUAGAUCAGUGGCUCAGUACUGCCACACACUGGUGGCAAAUUUAACAGAUUGUAACCGAUGUCAGAUUGUGGUAAAAAAUAGACUUUAUGCGGUAAAAUGUGAUUAUUAAACAACUAAUCGAUCACUAAAAAAGUUGUUAACUAUUUUAAUAAUCGAUUAUAAUCGAUUAAAUCGAUUAGUUGUUUCAGCUCUAAUUUCAAGAUUCAGAGACUUGAGGAAGACGUGUUUCUCUUUUGUUAUUGUCACUAGGUCUGGGCUUUGAGGCUCCAUGUGCCCUCCAGGAGAGAAGUUUGAUGCCUUGUAUGACUAUUUGGACCUUUGCAUAGUUGAACCCUGGUGUGGUAUGUGUGCUGCUGUUCAGCCAAAGGACCAGUGGCUUAAUAACAACCUUUAAACAAAUCUCUGUAAACAGACACCUGUGUAUUCUGGGAAGAAAUGAUCUCAUCCCAACAGAGAGGGUGGAAGGUGUUUAUUAGUUUUCUUGUUAUAUAACUGUAAUUACUAUGAGAUCUAUUAAAUCCUAAAUGUGACUUUGAACUCUUCCAGCCCAGGUUAUGAAGAUCAGACUUAAAGCUGUUGGUGAUAUCAGACUUUUAUCAAACGUCUGUUCCUGGAGGGAUGAUCAGACGUGUUGCUGAUUUAUGUUUGAUCUCGCUUCUGGUGCUUUAACUUCUACUCUGCCAGGUUAAGACAACUUACCCACCCUGACUUAACCACUGAGACGUACCACUAGUGGUGAAGGGAGGGGGUAACAGAAACAACUGACUGCACAUGAGGUGUUGUCCCCAGAAUCCAACCCCCCACUCCUGUCUGGAAAUGGACACUGUUGGCGGUAUUUAUAGCUCCAGACCACAAGCAAGCUCUCUUUUUAAACGGGGAAGAAACUGGUCAAAAUCAGCCGGGUGUAUUCUAGACACUUACUGUGUCUGUAAAACACAUUUGCUCGGGCCCAUCAGAUGAAAACUACAUUCUGAGCUCAACAACCUGAGACAGAGACUGGCCAGAGAUGGAGAAGCCCGUCCUGCAGACGCAGCCGUCCACUUUACCUUUUUUUGACACCGCACAUGCCUUCAACCUGCUGCGGGGAAUCCAUGAACUUCGCGCUGAAAGGAAGUUUUUUGAUGUGACUUUGUGUGCUGAAGGCAAAGAGUUUCACUGUCACCGCACGGUGUUGGCGGCUGCCAGCACGUACUUCAGAGCUAUGUUUGCAGGGACUUUGAGGGAAAGCGUAAUGGACCGGGUGGUUCUACAUGAAGUGUCAGCUGAGCUUUUAGGCCUUCUGGUAGACUUCUGCUACACAGGUCGCGUCACUGUCACUCAGGAUAAUGUGGACGUCCUGCUGAAAACAGCUGAUUUGUUUCAGUUUCCUUCGGUGAAAGAGGCCUGCUGUGCUUUUCUGGAGCAGCGGCUCGAUGUGUCCAACUGCUUAGAGAUCCAGGACUUUGCAGAGGCCUAUGCCUGUAGAGAGCUGGCAGCUAGCGCGCGUCGCUUUGUCCUCAAAAAUAUCAUGGAACUGGCUAAAGGGACUGACUUUGAGCGGUUGCCAUGGAAGCGCCUUCUUGAGUUUGUGUCAGACAACGACCUGUGCGUGGAUAAAGAGGAGACAGUCUAUCAGAUCGCCGUGCGCUGGGUGAAGGCUGAUCUUCAGCGACGGCUACACUACUGGCCUGAGCUCCUUCAGCAGGUCCGACUCCCAUUUGUCAGGAGGUUCUUCCUAUUGGCCCACGUGGAGAGUGACCCACUUGUCUACCUGUCGCCCACCUGCCUCCGCAUGGUGAAUGAAGCCCGCAGCUUCCAGUCCUGUGAGUACGAUCGCCACGACAGGCCCUGCCACCGCAUGCGGCCGCGGCCGUCCACGGGACUGGCUGAGAUCCUUGUGGUGGUGGGAGGCUGCGACCAGGACUGUGAUGAACUGGUCACAGUGGACUGCUACAACCCUCAGACUGGACAGUGGCGCUACCUGGCUGAAUUCCCAGACCACCUUGGAGGAGGUUACAGCAUAGCCGCACUCGGGAACGACAUGUAUGUCACAGGCGGUUCAGACGGCUCCCGCCUCUACGAUGGUGUGUGGCGCUACAAGUCCAGUGUGAACGAAUGGACUGAGGUGUCUCCCAUGCUGAAGCCCCGUGAGUACCACAGCUCCUGUGUGCUGAAAGGCCAGCUGUAUGUGGUUGCAUCCGACAGCACCGAGCGCUACGACCAAGCUCUGGACUGCUGGGAGGCCUUACCAGCUAUGCUGCAUCCCAUGGACAACUGCUCCACCACAGCGUGCAAUGGCCGCCUGUACGCUAUAGGCUGUCUUACUGGUGAAGACACAAUGGUCAUCCAGUCCUAUGACAGUGACGUAAGCCGCUGGACCAGGGUGAGCUGUGGGCAGCUGCCUCCGUGGUCCUUCACUCCAAAAACAGUGACCCUGAAUGGACUCAUCUACUUUGUUAGGGAUGACUCGGCUGAGGUGGAUGUUUAUAAUCCUCAGAAGAACCAGUGGGACAAAAUUAGCCCGAUGACCCAGGUUCACGUUGGAGGGAGCGUGGCGGUCCUGGGGGGGAAGCUGUACGUGUCUGGUGGUUACGACAACACGUUUGAGCUGUCGGAUGUAGUGGAGGCGUACGAUCCGACCAGCCGUUCCUGGGCUUUAGCCGGACGCCUCCCUCAGCCGACCUUCUGGCACGGCAGCGUCAGCAUCUUCCGACAGUUCAUGCCUCUGGUGUCCAGCGUGUUUGAACCCACCAACGUACCGGAGUCCAACGCCGUCCACCUCCACCGGCACCAGCGCCACCAGGCGCUUAACAAUCUGAACAAUCUGAACCAGAACCAGGAUGUAAACGCGGCACGCUGAGUCUGAGAUUCAGACUUUUACUUUUUGUUCAGUUUACAGACGGCUUACCUCAUUAAAGUUCAGAGAGGGAGAGAACGCCUCCUGCAUGCUUCGUGAUGAUCACUUAUGCUGGCGACAAAUAUUAGUGUUAUUAAAAAGCAGAUGUGUUGUGAGGGUGAAUAAAGCAGGACACCCUGGACCACCUGACUAACAGCAGGGUCUUCAGUGACAGCCGUGAGAGGAUCUAGCAUCUCCACUGACGAGAUCAUCCACGCAUCAGGACUAACUAGCUCUAUUUUGAUAGUAUUGGUUUUGUGGGCCACGUGCAGUGAACCGUUUAGCGAGGAUAGCUGUGAGUCUGAGCUCCGGGUCGCCGAGCUGUGGUGUGGUGACACCUGCAGGCUGGAGAGACGACGAGGUGGUCCACAGCAAGGCCCGACCCCCGGCUGACAGGAUGACUGAAGGACUCAUAAAGAUCGAUGAUAAAGGGACGUUUUUGUUUUCUGCGGAAAAAGUCACGAGUAGUUAUUUUACCUGAAAGCUCCCUGAGCAGCCCGUGUUUGGAUUCGUUCCAUAUUUUAGUAGAAAUGACUAAUGCGGCGUUUAGGUGAUCGUUCUGCUCACUUAACUCCUGGGCUGGUUUAGACUCAUCGCUCCUCGUGGAUGCCAUUCCUGUUUCUCCCAAAAGAGGUCAACCAGGGAGCUGGCAACAGAGUAGGAAUUCUUUAUGACUUUUACACGAAAAACAAAACAAGUGACUGAGGGCUCUGUUUAACUUCCAUUUCACCGAACAGGGCGUCUGCUCGUGGAUAAAUGUCCAGAUUGUUAUCUUCUAAGAGUGUAAAUAAUACUCAACGACUGAAAGUAAGGCUCUAGUUUUCAGCAUGAGCUAAAUGACCAUGUUACCAUCGGUCGGAGUUUUAAUAUCAUUGAAGGUAAGCUAACCAAAUGAAGAUUUACUCUAAGGUUACGUCUUUAGGUUUAGUGUUUGCUGGUUUGGUUUGCACAUCUGGUUCCAGAGGUUUCUUGCUGUUUGUCGACUCUUUUAUCCCGUAGAGGAGACGCCAUCGGCCUGGAGCCCAGCUGAUCCAGGUGGAGACUCGUUAGCUCGUCUCUGAUGGACGUCUGAACAGCUCCAGUCAGAAAUCUGAUCCGUCUGAGUUUGUUUUUAUUUCGUGUGACGAGAAUAUUUGGUGUUUUAUUUUAACCAUCUUUGCUUUUCUAAAAGAAGUGAUGUCACUUCACUUGAGUGUUGAAUUAUGGGUAAUCAUAAGGCUCCUGCUGGCAUCAUGUCUUCUAAAAUCGUCUGAUUGGUUUUCUUUGGAUUUGUCUCGUUUAAGCUAUUUAAACCGAAACAAGCCUCGUCCUGACCGUAAUCCACAAAGACUAAAGAUUAGGAUUAUCCGAUUCUCUUUGUUUCCCCCUUUUUUGAUGUUUUUAUUUACCUAAAUUAGCCUGACUCAUUUUCAACUAGAGACAAAAGCAGGUGAAAUGUUGUGUUUGAAUGCUAACCCUGUGACAGGGUUAGCAUUCGACCCCCGAGCCGGGUGAGACCGGUUCGGUUGGGUUGAAGUUCACCUUCAGGGGAAGGUAAAAGUGUGAUUUUUCUUCAGAUAUUUAAAUCACGUUGUUGAAACAUCGAGAAUCACACGGGUGGCCACACGAAACCUGAACAACAGAAUGAAGUCGAGUCUCAAGACUUGAAGUAAAAAAAAAAGAACCAAAACUCACUAAACCACAGCUGAGUUUUGAUGUAACCUCGACACAAAUUUGUUUCCAACUGACACCAAAGUGAUGUUUACAUUCCUACGACGACGUUAAGUCACCAACAGACCUGCUUUAGUUCAGGAGGGGUUUGGAUCCAGCAGGAGGUGAAGUGUGAUGGCCUCCAGCCUGGAUGUGCAUGAAGAGUUGUCGUUUAUUCACGAGUGUUUGACGCUUUCUGGGUUUAUUUGAGAAAACUGUCGAGCUUGCCUCUUGUGGCUUUCUGCAGACGGAGGUAACAACUGGAAGUGUAACGGCCUUCAGACGCGUGUUUUUUCCUCAUUGUUUAAUGUAGCUUUGAGUUUGUGAAGGUUUUUAUAAAGUAGUUUUGUAAAUAUACUUUAUUCUUAACAUG